UCAAUUCGUUGGUAAUCAUACGUGCCCCUUGGGUGGCAACUCUUUCGGUCCUGAUUUGCCGUCACGACCGAGAUCAGCUACAGCACCUGGCGGCGUCUCUCACCGCCCUCAGCUGGCACCGAAAAACACACAAACUUCCUCGUACUCCGUUGCAGUAUGUUUUGAAAUACUAUUCCCAACUGGAAUACGUUGAGGUCAUGCUGAUCUUGACAUAGCCCACGAUGAAGCAGCCCCCGAUUCCAUCGAAACAAUACGUGACAAUGUAUUCAAAGUCAGACGUCCCUCACAUUGUCCUCGCUCAGCUUCGUUCCGAAGUCCAAGAGAAUUGGAUUUCCCGUAGGAUAGUCUCGCGCUUGGAGCUGGAACCCUAUGCCGAGGGCACAGAGAAGAGUGCCGUUUUCGAUGGAACCCCUCUCAGAUCGGCUGGCAAGGUCGUGGGACUCCACUGUUCUUCGGGUGGGAGUGGCAAGCUGCGUCAUCAUAAGUUUCACGUUAUUCGUAACAGCUCUUAUGAUAAGUUUGACCUGCUAUUAGGUGCUGAUAUCUUGUUUUGGGAGAAGACUUGAGGCUUGGAGAUAGGGGUAUAGAAGAAGCCUGUGAGACUUUCGUGGAUUGAUGUUUUGGGGGCGUUUAUCGUUCGAAAUAGAAGCGCUCGGAGAGUACUUUCGGUGUAUCUGCAUCUAACGUUGGAGCACAUAUGUGGAACAUGAUAUGCGCCAUUCGUGGCAACAUGUGAGGUUCUUGCAGGACUGGAUCUAGUCGGGCUGUGCUUUGCCUCCUUGGCGGUGUGCAGUCGUCUUGGCGAGUUCUUAUAGUUGGAGCAGUCGACAGAGAAUAUUAAACCUCCGCG